CGGUGCCGCAGCCGCAGCCCGAGCCGGAGCCCGAGACGACGGGAGCCGAGCGGGAGCCGCCGAGCCAACGCCGGGUGCCCAGCGCCGCCGCAGCCCCCGAGCUCCCCUGCGCCCCUGCCCGCGGGCGGCCGUGUGGGCAGCGGGCGCCAUGGCCGCGCCGGAGCCGCUGCGGCCGCGUCUGUGCCGCCUGGUGCGCGGCGAGCAGGGCUACGGCUUCCACCUGCACGGCGAGAAGGGCCGCCGCGGGCAGUUCAUCCGGCGCGUGGAGCCCGGUUCGCCCGCCGAGGCCGCCGCGCUGCGCGCUGGAGACCGCCUGGUCGAGGUCAACGGCGUCAACGUGGAGGGCGAGACGCACCACCAGGUGGUGCAAAGGAUCAAAGCUAUAGAGGGGCAGACCCGGCUGCUGGUGGUGGACCAGGAGACGGAUGAGGAGCUGCGCCGGCGGCAGCUGACCUGUACCGAGGAGAUGGCCCAGCGAGGGCUCCCGCCCACCCAUGACCCCUGGGAGCUGAAGCCGGACUGGGCACACGUGGGUGGCCGCAGCUCUGACGCCAGCAAGAAGGAUGUCAGUGGGCCCCUGAGGGAGCUGCGCCCUCGGCUCUGCCACCUGCGAAAGGGACCUCAGGGCUACGGGUUCAACUUGCACAGUGACAAGUCCCGGCCUGGCCAGUACAUCCGCUCUGUGGACCCCGGCUCCCCUGCUGCUCGCUCUGGCCUCCGUGCCCAGGACCGGCUCAUUGAGGUGAAUGGGCAGAACGUGGAAGGACUGCGCCAUUCCGAGGUCGUGGCCAGCAUCAAGGCCCGGGAGGAUGAGGCCCGGUUGCUGGUGGUGGACCCGGAGACAGAUGAACACUUCAAGCGGCUUCGGGUCACCCCCACCGAGGAGCACGUGGAAGGUCCUCUGCCAACACCCAUCACCAACGGGACCAGCCCUGCCCAGCUCAAUGGUGGCUCUGCGUGCUCGUCCCGGAGUGACCUGCCUGGUUCAGACAAGGACACUGAGGAUGGCAGUGCCUGGAAGCGAGACCCCUUCCAGGAGAGCGGCCUCCACCUGAGCCCCACAGCGGCCGAGGCCAAGGAGAAGGCUCGAGCUACGAGAGUCAACAAGCGUGCACCACAAAUGGACUGGAACCGGAAGCGAGAGAUCUUCAGCAACUUCUGAGCCCCUCCCUGCCUGUCUCGGGGCCCUGGGACCCCUCCUGCACGGACCUUGGGCCUCAGCCCGCCCCGAGCUCCCCAAGCCUCAGUGGACUGGAGGGUGAUCCUGCCACUGCCCAGAAAUCAGCCCCAGCCCCCGUGAGCCCCCAUCCUACCCCUGCCCGCUAGGUAUUGGGGGCCUGUGGCAGCAAGAUAGGGGGAGAGAGAGAUCGAGAGAUGUGUGUGUGUGUGUGUGUGUGAGAGAGAGAGAGAGAGAGAGAGAGAGAGAGAAAGACAGAGAGAGAGAGACAGAGAGAGAGAGAGAGACAGAGCGGCGGCCGCAGGGUGAGGGCUUUUGCUGCUCUGCCGGGCCUGCUGACUGAAAGGAAUUUGUGUUUUUGCUUUUUUUCCAAAAAGAUCUCCAGCUCCACACAUGUUUCCACUUAAUACCAGAGCGCCCCCUCCCCUCCCCCUUGGGACGAACUCUAAAUAAUUGCAAUAAAACCUUUCUCUGCAAACCAUUUCCUCCCUAGCCCCCCCACCCCCACCUCCCAUCCCCCACCCCCACCCCUGCCAGCCUCAGCAGUGGCUGUCCUGAGUGGGAGUCCCUGAGACUUCUGGUGGCUGAGCUGGGGGCCCCAGCCUAUUUGUGGGGACCUUGGGGUAAGGCCAGGGAGGCUGGAUGUGGCCAUAGGAGUUGCCCACCCUGGUGUGGGGGUCCCUAGGCCAGGCCCUGCUCCCCACCCAGCUACCCUGUAUGCCUCUGCCUUGCUGGGGAUCUGGAGUGCAGGGCCUGGGCUCUCCGAGGGGCCCAAGGAUGGAGGCCCCACGUCCCCACGGAGGGUGGCCUCUCUACAGGCCCUUCAUUCCGCAUGGCAGCUCCCAGGCCUGGGGGACAUAGGUGUGUGACAGUGGCACCCAGGAAGGACUCCAGACCUCUGGCUCAGCCCUGCCCGGCGGGCUCCCUGUGGACAUCCUGCUGACUGCUCUUCCCUCCUGGGCCCCACACCCCUGAACUGACUGAUCGACCGGCACCGCUGUUGCCUCGUAAGCCAUAGCGCAUGCGCGCCCUCAGAAUAAACAGGCCCUGCCUGGGACUGACA